AUGUGCUCAAUAUUGAUGGUCUCCUCUUUGUUUUUGACGAUUGUCGUGGCUGAAGAGCUUGUUUGGACGUCGUUGAAAGUUCCGAGUGGCGAAGAUAUGAGAACUUGUCAACCGAGGGACGGUGAGCGCACAUAUCGAUGCCCGCCAAACAACAGCGUAGAUUCGUUGAACGAAAAACUUACUUGCAUAAAGAAAUCACAGUUCUGCGAUAAGAAUCCCGAUUGCCCAAAUGAAAGCGAUGAGGAUUUGACGAAGUGUAUGUUCCUUGAAUUGACGGUAAACCAGAUCCACUUCGUUCGAGAGGCCAUUUAUAAAUUGAUGCAAGAACUGCACGAGAAGCGAGAAUCCGAGAAGACCAGCCGAUUGCGUAACUCCAAAUUCUCGGAUGUCCGCCUUCGGAAA